AUGUUUGGUUCAGUUGACAAUACCAGCAAAGAUGAGGUCGUUCUGAUAUCCAUAACCCCCAAGGCAACUGCCUCGCACCAAGAACCAUCUAUCGCGGACACGAACCCCUUGGACGGAGAGGAACUCGAACGUCAAAGAUCAAAUGUUCACAAUAACACAAUCAAUAGUGUGCUAUGGCUUCCUCGUGCUUCAACAAGUUCGGACGGCACGGGUGCGCGCAUCCAUCGUGGUCUCGCCGCCGAGAAGGACAUAAGUCUAUUCGGAAGUUUCCGUCACUUUCCCAAAGCCAUCAUCUGGUCACUGCUCCUGUUUCUGACAGUCGUAAUGGAGGCCUACGAUAAGUCGCUUAUUUCCGGAUUCAUUGCGUUUCCUUCGUUCAGACGCAAAUAUGGCGAACCAAGACUGCCGGGCGCCAACUCCAUACAGGACAAAGACUAUGAGAUCUCGCCAUUGUGGCAGAUGGGAAUUCAGAAUGCUGCAGUAACUUGCGAGAUCAUUGGGCUCCUUGCCCAUGGGUACAUCACUUAUGCUAUCGGGUAUCGCAAAAUGAUGAUGAUUGCUCUUGGAUGGUUGUGCCUAGCCAUUUCCCCAGCUUUCUUUGCCCAGAACAUCGCUGUACUACUUUCUUCCCAAGCCCUUUGUGGCCUAUCAUGGGGAGUCAUCCAGACCUUGGGGGCGACUUACGCUGCUGAGAUUGUGCCUUCAGCUGUACGAGCCGUCGUUCUCAGCAAUGUGAAUAUGUGUUGGCUCAUUGGCCAGCUACUGGGCACUGGCAUUCUGAGAUCACUCAUCGACAACACGUCCCAAUGGUCAUACCGGUUACCAUUUGCGCUACAAUGGGCUUGGGCGCUUCCAUUGCUCUUUGUCGUUUACUUUGCCCCGGAAAGUCCUUGGUGGCUAGUCCGACACGAAAGACUCUCAGAAGCACGACAGUCACUGCAAAGACUCACAAGCGGCAAGAACCUCAAUAUCGACGAUACGCUCGCUGUUAUGCAGCAUGUUAAUGCGACAGAGAAAAAAUUGGGCUAUGGUGGCGCGAGCUUCUUUGAUUUGUUCAAAGGUUCGAACCGACGCAGGACUGAAGUUUGCUGCAUGACGUGGUCCUGUCAAGCCUUGUGCGGCGCCACCCUGACUGGAUAUGCUCCUUAUUUUCUGGAACAAGCUGGCUUCGAAUCCUCCAAAUCAUUCAGUCUCGCCACAGGAAUGUAUGGUCUCGGCAUCGUUGGUGGUAUGAUAUCCUGGAUGUUGCUAUCACUGAUUGGCCGGCGUAGGCUUUACCUUGCUGGGUUGAUAGCGGCAGUCAUCAUCCUUACCAUUGGUGGUAUCCUAUCGAUUGUUCUGGGCGGCCAUCCUUCAAUGAAUUGGGCCCUCGGCUCUCUUAUCAUUUUGAUGACCUUUACUUACAACAUGACCAUCGGUCCAGCUUGUUAUGUUAUCGUGGCAGAAAUUCCAUCAACACGUCUAAGAGUCAAGACCGUUGCCCUGGCGAGGGUAGUCUACAAUAUCUUCACCAUCAUCAACAACGUUAUUGCGCCACAGCUUCUGAACCCAACCGCUUGGAACCUGGCUGAGAAGAUGGACGGCGUUGAGGGCGCUUUUGAGGCAGCGACGGCCGAAUCACGACACUGGACCCCGCGAUGGCGACACACCCCACGCCAAGGGGUAGCGAAUCAUCAGCGCUUCGCAGCACAUCAUCAAGCAUCGGACCCCGUUGUAACCCACACGACUCCCAGAGUGUUAUCUGGGCAGUUCUCCAGUAUCCAGCUCUCACCUCUGCUCGGCAUGGGGUCAGAGCAGGAAUACGCGUCCGCGUCUCCCAAGGGAGUAACGGUGGACGAGUUUUCUUCAGACGGACAAAACUCUGCAGUACUCCAGAAGAAGAAAGCGCCAUGGUGGUCUUAUAUCUGGGACUACGAACCGGGUCGGUCGCAGGAGGAGCGCGUAUUCAUCCAGAAGCUCGAUGUCUUCUUGAUAACGAUGCUGAGCUUCGGCUACUUUAUCAAAAACCUCGACCAGACGAACAUCAGCAAUGCUUUCGUCAGCGGCAUGAAGGAAGAUCUCGCAAUGAACGGGAACGAGAUCAAUCUCAUCGACACAGCGUGGACCGUCGGCUACGUCGUGGGCCAGAUCCCCUCGCAGAUCGUUCUCACAAAAGUCCGCCCGUCCAUCUGGGUGCCUUCCUGUGAGCUUCUCUGGACAGUUCUGACGUUCUGUCUGGCGGCAGCAAAGACCUCAAACCACGUCAUUGCAAUCCGCUUCUUCGUGGGUUUGGCAGAGUCAAUCUUUUAUCCGGCCGCUCACACAAUCCUGGGCUCCUGGUAUAAGCCCUCCGAGCUCGGCAAGCGAGCCUGCAUCUUCCACGCCUCUUCGGCUGCGGCGAGCAUGUUCUCGGGCUAUUUGCAAGCUGGCGUCUAUAAGGGACUCAACGGCGUCCAUGGCUUAGCAGGUUGGAAGUGGCUAUUUAUCAUGGAUGGAAUCAUCAGUCUGCCAAUUUGCAUUGCUGGAUACUUUUUCCUGCCUGAUCUCCCGGAGAAUACACGAGCAUUCUACUUGACUGAGAAUGACCGUGAACUUGCCCGCAGGCGGAUGGAGAGUGUCGGACGUGCUCCGCGAACCAAAUUGGGCCGUUCUGCGUUCAAGCGAAUCUUUGGUCGCUGGCACGUCUACUUUCUGACCAUUCUGUACAUCAUCUUCAUCAAUAUUGGGCCUUCCAGCAGUGUGAAUCCCUUCUCCCUCUGGCUCAAAUCCAAGGGCGAGUCUGUGGAGAAGAUUAAUAUCAUUCCAACGGCGGCUUCAGCUAUUCAACUGGUCCUUACGGUGUCAUUCGCCAUCCUCUCCGACGCGAUCCGCCAUCGUGCCAGCGUCAUGUCGAUAUCCACCUUCCUCGGUGGUUUCGCUGCCUUGAUCCUCGCCAUCUGGAAUGUACCAGACGGGUUGAAGUGGUUUGCGUUCCUUCUCCAGCGCGCUUCCGUACCGUACGGACCACUCAGCAUGAGCUGGACGAACGAGAUUUGCGGCGCCGAUGCCGAGGAGCGUGCAAUUGUCAUAGGAAUCAUGAACUCGCUGGGCUAUGCCUUUAAUGCCUGGGUUCCGAUCCUGACGUACCCUCAAGUUGAUUCGCCCAAAUUCAAGAAGGGCUUCAUUUUCUCGACUGUUGCUUUCGGUGCCCAAGCACUGAUCACCGCUACGGUGGCCUUCUUGUACAAGCGAGACAAGAAGAAGGAGGGAAUCACUAAGAGAGACGAAGAAGGUGUCACGGCGCCGGCCUCAGUUCCUAACGCCGAAUAG